AGUGGGACUUUUUUUGUCAAUAGAAAAGGCAUCCUUUGUGAAUUACAGACCACCAUCCACAUUUGGAAUAAAUCUUCCUGUGUCUGAAAAUAUUUAUAAUGCUGACCCAAGCAAACCAAAAUACCGAAAUUUUUAUGAACUUUCAAAAAAAACAGGACGUUACAAGCAAUGUGCAAUGAAGAAAACAAGAGAGGAAUGUGGCUGUACUGAUGAAAUGAGACUAUCUUCAUUUGUGCAAUACUCAGACUGCAAACAGAGGGUUUUCCAGAUCUCCUAUCCAGUCGCUGACCUCUUUGUACACCUUUACCUGAAAAAAUCAGACAACAGUUUCGAGAUUUUAUGUGCUCCUUACUUUAUUUUCAUUACUGAACUUAAUAACAGGACUAACUGGAUAGCAAAGAGUACAAAAAUUACUCCGAGUUUUGACAAAUUAAGAAAAUACUUUGAAUCUUCCAUAAAUGUGCAUAAUCCAGAUGGAUUAACUAUCUUCUUAUUUGGUUCAGAACUGUACCAUUUCAGAGUAGAAGUGAUUCCUGGAGUAUCAUUCUGUAACUUGGUUGAGGAAUUUCAGAUCUAUGUUGCUGAUCCACCAAUGGCAUAUCCAUUCCAUUACUUGGUCAGCAUGAUAACUGCCAUUAGUCUGGGAGCAUUUAUUAUGUUUUAUUUCAUUUUGCAAAACUAUUGGAAUAACUUUGCCAUCAGAAACCCAUGCUGGAAGUUUAAGAUAGGUCCAUUACCAGGGAAAAAAGUGUUAAAAAGCAAAAAAUAAAUCUAAAAGUAAAACCAUGCAUAUUACUGAAUUUUCUUUGCGUUGUUAACUGGUGCAGAAUGAAUUGUGUGUAGGUAUCUAAAUUUGGAAAAGCUUUUCAGUGCCACUAGGUUUGAACUCCAUCCUCACUUGAAGAUCAAAUUGAUUGGCACCUGAAAGCAACAACUUUCAAUUAACCUACAGUCAUGAUUACAAAGUAAGAAGCACACCAACUUCUUGUUAUUUGCUCAUUUCCAUGAUCUCUGCAUCUAGCUGGUACAAGUCCUGUUGUUUGUUGACUAUAAACAUCAUUCAGGACUAAAAUACUUAAGUAGCUAGCACUAUAAAUGUUAAAUAUAUGUAAAAGAGAGCUUUUUUGAGAUUGAUUCAAGUAGCAUCUAUAUGUUUAAUUCAGUCAACAUUUUGGAAUUUUUGUUUGACAACUGGCUGUACUACCUAGUUGAAUUGCACUUGCACCAAGUGGACUAAAAA